AUGACAUCUGAAACAUUUACUACUAAGUUUCUAUCUAAUAGCGGAUAUUUUACGAAAUAUGGUUCAAAUUUAUUUGGUUUUGCAGGAACACUCGGUUCUAAACAAGCUAAACAAGUAUUAGCCGAUGUAUAUAAAGUAGAUUUGGUUAUUAUUCCUAAUUCAUGUCAAAAACAAUAUCUUGCAUUGCCUGAUAUUGUAGCAAUUAAUGACAUCGAUUGGUUGAAUGAAAUUUCUUGCUCUGCAAUUAAUGAAUCGAGUGAACAAAGAGGAAUUCUUAUCAUUUGCGAAACAAUCCAAGAUUUGUAA